UUGAGUGUGAGAAACGCUGUGGAAACUCCGCAUUUCUGCGGAUCCUCUCGACCUGAUCAGCGCUUCUGAUGGCGUUCAGUGGGAAGUAUCAGCUGGAGUCACACGAGAACUUCGAGGCGUUCAUGAAGGCCAUCGGACUGCCGGAGGAGGAGAUCCGGAAAGGCAGAGAUGUGAAGAGCAUCUCGGAGAUCCAUCAGGACGGGAAGGACUUCCGGGUGACGGUGACGGCCGGGACGAAAGUGAUCCUGUACUCGUUCACUGUGGGAGAGGAGUGCGAGCUCGAGACCCUCACGGGGGACAAGGAGAAGACGGUGGUUCACAUGGAUGGGAAUAAGCUGACGGUGUUCGUGAAGGGGAUCGAGUCUGUGACCGAGCUGGACGGAGACACUAUCAGUAAUACUCUCAGCUUCGAUGGAAUCGUGUACAAGAGGAUCAGCAAGCGAAUCUCCUGACAGGCUCACUGCACAUGUUUGGUGAUAUUCUGGACUAGAUUGAAUCAAAACUCCACAAUGUGAUCUGUUGAAAACGCCUUUAUUAGAGAGCAGAUUCUUGCUUAGAUCAGGCUUUGAUUGGCACUUGUUCUCCAGCGACGCUCAUCAUGGGUUUGCUUGAGAGAACAGCUUCUCUCAUGUUUCGAUAGACCGACUCGUUCUCCUUAAACAGACGAAGCUCCUUCUCUGUCUGCGUGCGCAUCGCCUGAAACACACAUUACACUUCAUCCAAGCUCACAAUAAACAAACUCUCACAAACCCAACAUCGAAUCUUUCUCAGCCUGUAGACUCUCAGGAAACUGUCAUUUGUGUGUGUGACUUACUCAACUUAGAUUUAAUUCGGUUUAGUUGCUUUAAGGCAAGAUAAAACCAAUGUUUUUUCAGCUCAGAUUUAAGGUCUAUUUUGCUUCUAUGACAUCAGACAGAAAACAUCUAAAAAACACAUUUAAAUAUUUGAUUGCACUUUAUCUAUUUGCAUCUGUAGAUUAAAAAAUGUAAUAUCUUAAUAUACUGUGAUUAAUCAACUGAGGAAAUGGCGAUAUCUAGUAGUUCUGCCUUUAAAAUAAUGUUUUCAUUUACUGUAAUAUCAGUAGAUUUAAACUGUAAAAUGCUGAAUUGUGGUCAAAUAAUUGUAACAUCAUUUUGCUUUAAUUGCUAUUAAAAUUUCAUGCUUUCACUGUCUACAGUA